AUGGACCCGUACACAACCCUCUACCCAACCCUAACCCCCCACACCAUCCCCGUCACCCCCACCGUCUCCCUCCACGCCCUCACCUCCCCCCCCACCACCCCCCACACCAACCCCCCCCUCCUCCUCCUCCACGGCUUCCCGCAAAACCUCCUGAUCUGGCACCGCCUCGCCCCGCACCUGACCGGCACCCACAGCCUCGUCCUCCUCGACCUGCGGGGCUACGGGAAAUCGUCCAAGCCGGCCGGCGGGGCGGACCACGCCGGCUACGGCAAGAGCGCCAUGGCGGCCGACUGCGCGGCGGCGAUGACGGCGCUGGGGCACGCGCGGUUCGACGUGUGCGGGCACGACCGGGGCGCGCGGGUGGCGCACAGGCUGUGCGUCGGGUAUCCGGAGCGGGUGCGGAAGGCGCUGGUGCUGGAUGUGGCGCCGACGCUGGCCAUGUACGAGAGGACGGACAUGGCGUUCGCGCGGGCGUACUGGCACUGGUUCUUCCUGAUCCAGGACGCGCCGCUGCCGGAGGGGUUGAUGGUGGGGGGUGCGCGGGGGUGGAUCGAGAAUACGAUGGGGGGGCCGGGCGGGGCGGGGCUGGGGACGUUCGAUGAGGCGUGCGUGGAGAGUUAUGUGGGGCAGAUGGGGGAUGCGGAGACGGUGCAUGGGAUGUGUGAGGAUUAUAGGGCGGCGGCGGGGAUCGAUCUGGAGGAGGCGCGGGAGGAUGUGGCCGAGGGGAGGAAGAUUGCGUGUCCGUUGAGGGUGCUGUGGGGGAAGAAAGGGGUGAUUGAGGCGCAGUUUGAUGCGUUGGCGGAGUGGAGGAAGGUGAGUGAGGAGGGGGUGGUGAGUGGGGAGAGUGUGGAUUGUGGGCAUUAUAUUCCUGAGGAAGCGCCGGACGCGGUUGUGAGACAUAUUCGGGAGUUCUUGAGGGAUUGA